AUGUUAGCUGAUUUACUGGAGGAGCUGAAGAAGACUGGACUCCAAGCUGCUCCUGCUGAUCACUGCUAUGCUGGACCUGAAGAUGUGGCCUGUGAUGUCUGCACUGGGAGAAGACUGAAAGCUCUCAAGUCCUGUUUGGUUUGUUUGGACUCUUAUUGUGAAAAACACCUCCAGCAUCAUCUUCAGUCAGCUCCAUUGAAGAAGCACAAGCUUGUGGAGCCCUCGGAGAAGCUCCAGGAGAACAUCUGCCCUCAUCACGACGAGGUGAUGGAGAUGUUCUGCCGCACUGAUCAGCUGUAUAUCUGUUAUCUCUGCUGUGUGGACGAACAUCAAGACCACGACACAGUGUCAGCUGCAGCAGAAAGGACU